GUUUAAGUUGUAAGGUUAUAUGGCGUAUUUCAUGGUUAUGUGAUUAUCUACUAGUUUUUAGUGCGUAUUUAUUAUAUAUAAAAUAUUUACAUCGUGUGCAACAUUUAAAAAAUCUACCAAUUUGAAAUGAGUAUAAAGAGAUAAAAAGUUCAACUGUAAAAUAAACAAAUCAUCUGCAAUUAUGGUUUGGAACCCAGUAGCUAAUUUUGCAAAUUGCAUUAAAUCUAGACCUCCACUUGUUGUUUUUGCCCUGUGCUUGUUUAGUUUUUUAAUUACUGCAGUUUCGUUAGCCUAUUACGUCCAACACGACAACAUUGAAAAUAAAGAUGCUCAAGAACAAUGGCUUUCACUAAUCCACUUCAUUGACAAAACAGGGUUUUGUAUACAAGAUGAUGCUGCUGAUACAAAGACAAAUUUUUCUGCCGCAGACAAAGUAAAUAUAAAUACCUAUGCAAUUGUUACUUCACCAAUAACAAAUAGGACUUUUGUUCAGGGAAUAGUCUCCUUAAAAGAAUGGUCCUUUCCUUGUUUGAAUGAAGCUGAAAAACCGGAAAACAUUGAACUGUCUUUUAAUAUCCAUUCAAAAGAUAACAGUGAUGAUAGAAAUGUUUGUGUAACAAUAUCAGGUCCAAAGCAAUUCAUGCCCAAAGUUGAUAGUCAUGUUGAAUGUCCAAUUUCAGAGGAAAAAGAGGUUUCCAAGAAAUUAUUUAUAUACAAUAAUGCAGGUAGAUGUGUCAAUAGGCCUGUAAUGAGACUAGAGUUUGAUAGUAGCAGUAUUAAUAAAGUGGAAUCAGAAGAAUACUUAUCAUCGGUAAGUAAAUAGCUUAAGUCGAAAUUA